AUGGAAUAUAACAGGACUUGGCGUCACAGGCUGCUGAGACAUGAGGACGAUGAUUGCAACUGGACCGAUUGUGAGGCUGGUCACUUGAGCAAAGUCCCCGUCACGCUGCUCAUCUGCCUCUGUGGGCAGGUGGGGAACGGGGCCGUCCUCUGGUUCCUCGGCUCCUGUGUCUGCAAGAACCCCAUCACCAUCUGCGUCCUCAACCUGGCCAUGGCCAACUUCACCUUCCUCCUCUCCAUCACCAUCGCCCUUGUGCUAUUUUAUGUCCCAGAGAGCCUUUGUGACAGGCUGGGCCCCCAGGGUGUGACAACUGGGUUGAACAUCACCAUCCUCUUCUCUUUCACCGCUGGCAUCUACCUCCUGGCAGCAUUCAGUGCCACGAUGUCAUUGCCUGUCCUCCCACAAUCCUGCUGCCCAUGCCACCGCUCCUGGCACUUCCUGGUGCUCGUGUGUGCCCUGCUCUGGGUCCUCGCCCUCCUGCUUGCCGUGACCCUCUAUUUCUACCCAGCAAUGCUCAUUGUCUUCAUCCUGAGCUACCUCUUAUCAGUGCUUACCUUGAUAUUUUCGGCUCUAACCCUGCUUGCCAGGGUCUUGUGCUGUUCCUGGCCAUACCCUCUAAGGAAGCUCUGUGUGGUGGUCCUGUUAGCUGUUGUCUUCCCCUUCCUCACUGCUGAUUUUGGUUACUGGCUCUUGCUAAGGCUGUUUGAUUUUUCUGUUUUUGUUUUCGAUGCUUCUUUCCCUCUGGCCUGUGUGAACAGCAGCAUCAACUCUCUUAUUUACUUCUUGGCUGGGACCUGUGCAGAGAAGUUCACACUCCCUGCUAAAGCUGCUUUCCAGAGGGCUUUCAAAGGUGUAACAGAGCCCCAAAACACAGGAGAAACUCCCAGAGAGAACUCAGUGGAAAUAGCUCUUUAA